CUUCUCGCCUUCCGGACAGUGACGUGUUUAAAUCACUAUUGACGCAUGCGCAUGCGCUGCUUAGGCAAGGGUGUCCUAAUCGAAUACCGAUCGAACCAACUACGCCUCACUCUUUCAUCCAUCACAAUGGCAGAUAAACAAAACGUCCAGAAAAGCGUCAAAAUAGCCGCUGGAGCUGUUGUUUGUGUGGAAAGUGAAAUAAGAGGCGAUGUCACCAUAGGCCCCAGAACAGUUGUCCACCCAAAAGCCCGUAUCAUCGCAGAGGCAGGACCUAUUGUGAUUGGAGAAGGCAAUUUGAUCGAGGAGCAAGCUCUUAUUAUCAAUAGUUAUCCAGAGAACAUCACACCAGAGUCAGAAGUGGAACCAAAGACAAUGACCAUUGGCAUGAACAAUGUGUUUGAAGUUGGGUGUGUAUCCCAAGCCAUGAAGAUUGGGGACAACAACGUGAUUGAAUCUAAAGCUGACGUGGGAAGGAAUGUAAUCCUUACCAGUGGCUGCAUCAUUGGAGCCUUCUGUCAGGUGAACACCUGCGAGGUCAUACCUGAGAACACGGUUAUCUACGGCUCUGGAUGUAUGAGGCGGGUUCAGACAGAGAGACCGCAGCCUCAGACUCUUCAGCUCGACUUUCUGAUGAAGAUUCUGCCAAACUACCAUCAUCUGAAGAAGACUGUCAAAACAGGCCACAAUGCUAGCUAGGCCUUAUCACUUUUAAGUAGAAUUGUAAAUGUUUUGCAGACUUGUUUUAAACUGAUCUUGCUGAAAAAAGACAUGAAUGUAUAUUGUUAUUAUAUAAUAUUUACCUAGCAGCUAGCAUCUUUAGUUCUUCUUAUUUGCUGAUUUUUUCUACUCUAACGUCAACAGCUGGCUGGGCAUAACAUCUAUUUCUUACUCUGCUGAUAUGCUGUUUUCUAUUAUUAAUUAAAUAAUACCAAAAAACUC